AACUGUAGUUUUGUUUACCCGACUUAGCCAGUGACGUACGUUUUGCGUAGUUGACGAUAGUGAAGGGCGUACAUAGCAAUUGUGAAUAGCUUUUGCUGUAGAAAUGGCAACGUCGAACGGUCGCAGCAGUAGACAGUUGGACGGUGAAUAAAGUCGUAACAACAAAACGUUUUUCAGCGAGACAGAAUGCUGAAGUCGCAGGUUGUUAAUCUGACAUGGUCGUUUCACACCAGUGGAAAUGGCAACUCGAACAACUUGUGGCCAGAACUAUGUCAGACAAAUCAGGUCAGACACUCUGGCCGCAAAAAAGAAUUAACAGAUACAGAAGAAAGUAACAAUGUUCAAAGCUUGGACAGCUCUGAGUAUCCGGAACUUAACAGCACGGUUGUUAAGAGCAAGAAUGCCGUUGCAGUGAACAGAUAUUGUCUGCAGAAUCCUACCAUAACAGUUAUAGUACCUGAAUUAAGCAUAGAACCAAAAAGAUCGAGGAACAUUCGAAGAUUUAGGAGACCGGAUAAAAUUUAUGUUAAUCUUCAGGAAGCAUUGGAGAGCACCAGAUGUGCGAAUAAAAUGAAUAACAAAGAGCUACCAAAAUUCAGGAUUAAUAUUUAUAAAGGGAAUCCUGGAACAACGAAUGUAAUCAAUAGAAAUCCAAGUUUGACCUUAAGAAGUGUUAAAGCACCGAUUGCCAAGCAGAAAAAGCCGACAAAGUUGAGAAGAAUAAGCCUGUGUAACCGUAACAUGAAAGUACAAAUUAAUCUUCAAAAGAGAGAAGCAUUUGAACGCGCAAAGAUGGAGGCUAUCUGUAAAGAUGUUGAUGAUAUUGAUUUUAAUACACUGAAGAUCACAGCCGAUCCAGAAAUAGAUGCUGACUACGUUAAGAGUAUGUGUGCAAUGACACUAUAUAGCAAAGACUACAGACUGAGAAAUGAAGAAAAUGUUAUUGAAAAUUCUGUAUACUAUAGACCAGAUGUAAUUCAGAAGAUAAAUGAUCUACACAUUCAAAACAGGCCCACGAUAAAUACAUUAACUAACAGUUGUAGACGUAAUCCCUUUCAGAUCGGUAAUGAUGAAAUUGAAAAUGAUAUUGUAAACCAUACGCUAUCCCUUCAAAUAAAAGAUGAUAUUAAACAGGAGAUUAAACAAGAAAUUAAAGAAGAGCCCGAAGAUAGUUUCGAAUUGAAUUUUAACAAUUUUCUAGUGUACUCGCGUAAUUUUAGAGAAUACUGUACAAACAUGUUAACACCGGGGCUAGCCAAUACUCUAGAGACAUUUCUACGUGAAAUUCAGAGGUUGCAACACCGGUAUCACGAAAAGUAUCCAAACAAAUCGUUGUACAAACGUCGUUAUUAUUCUGGUUUAAAGGAAACACGAAAACAGGGUGAAUACAAGAAACUUAAGUUUAUUAUUAUUGCGCCUGAUAUAGAGAAGGUCGAGCUCAAAGAUGGAUUGGACGAUCAAGUGAGCAAAUUACUCGACACAUGCAGAAAACAAAAUGUGGUUACAUGCUUCAGUUUGAACCGACGUAAGUUAGGAUAUUAUACUCACGGAAAAAGACUCUCCUGCUGCGUUGGAAUUGCAAAUUAUAGCGGCGCCGAGGAACUUUUCAAGAACGUUCUGAUAGAGCUCGCGCUCGCUCGGAACGCGUUCAAAAAACUGAGCGGCGUAACGGACGGAAUCAUCGAUAUAUCGAAAUCGAUAUCGGACGAUCUUUUGCUGUCGGAGAACAUUGGCGCGCUUUUGAAAAUUUUAUCUCUAGAGAAUAUACACUGCUGAAGUCUUUUACGAAGAAUGCGGUUAUCGCAAUUUUCUACGUGAAUUCUUUAUCUCUAUUAAACGUAUGAGAAUUGCGAUGAUCCGAUGAUACUCUCUUGAUAUUUUAUUUUGGUACAUAUUUAAUAUAUUAUACAUAAUUAAUUCAAUUCUAAUAAAGGGUACUUGCAACUAUUUCAUUCGAACAGGA